ACACACACACACACACACACACACACACACACACACACACACACAGACAGCCAGAGUGCACCAAGAGUUCAAGAGCGCUAGCGUGUGUUUGACUACAAUUAAGGGGAGUGGAAAUAUUUUGAGGCAGUAUUCAGUUUAUCCAUCCACGUUUCUUUCGGUCGGGACGAGGUUUCGCAAGUGUCUAUCCACACUUUUGGUUACUUUACUCUGUGCGUCAGGCAAUUGAGCAAAGUGACGCUGCUGUCCACAGCGAGGACAUGUGUUGCAUGUGAGAAGACACGGAGUUGAAUACGCAGGGUUGCAGAAAAGGACAGAGUGAAAACUGAACAAGACCACUCCACACACCAUGAAGAAAGGGGACUCUGGUAAUCAGAGUCUGAAUGAAGUUGGGGCUCUGCACUGCAUGUCUGGCAGUAAUUAUGAGGGCAAAGGGAAGAGAAUUAAGGUACCAUCCCAUCCAGGGGUCCCAUUGGUGGUAUUGAUCUUGUUGGCCACCCUCCCUUUUGGAGCAAGCAUCAAACAAAGUGUCCCCAGGGUUAAACUCAGCCACAGAGAACUGCUGCAAGCCGGCAGUGUAUCUCUGUUUUUGGGCCCCUCCGAUGGCCUCCACUCCCACUCACUGCUGCUGGAUGAGGAGAGAGGUCGUCUUCUGUUGGGAGCCAGAGAUCACAUCUACCUGCUUGACACUGACAAUCUGGCCAGAGCCCCCAGAAAGAUUCACUGGCCUGCUCCCCGGGACCGAGUGGAUAUGUGCAAACUGGCAGGCAAAAAUGCAAAUUUGGAGUGUGCUAACUUUGUCAGGGUCCUCCACAACUACAAUCGAACACAUGUCUAUGCCUGUGGGACAGGAUCCUUCCAUCCCAACUGUGCUUUCAUUGAAAUCACUGGCCGCAGAGAGGAUGGCGUGUUUCAACUGCUGUCUAGGACAGUGGAGUCUGGCAGAUUGAAAUGUCCUUUUGAUCCCUCGCAGCCAUUCACCUCAGUCCUCACAGAUCAGUACCUGUAUGCGGGCACAUCAUCAGACUUCCUGGGCAAAGACACAACUUUCACACGCUCCCUUGGCCCUCCACCUGACCAGCACUACAUACGCACAGACAUGUCUGAAGAAUACUGGAUCAAUGAGGCCAGGUUUAUAUCUGCUCAUCCCAUUGCAGACACCUACAAUCCAGAUGAUGAUAAGAUAUACUUUUUCUUCCGCGAGGUGUCGUGGGAAGGCAACGGCAAGAGCAUCCUGUCCCGAGUGGCUCGUGUGUGCAAGAAUGAUGUGGGUGGGCUGAGAAGUUUGACCAAUAAAUGGACCACCUUCCUCAAAACCAGACUUGUGUGUUCUAUCCCUGGACCAGAUGGAGUGGACACACACUUUGAUGAGCUCCAGGACAUAUUUGUGCUCCCUACCAGAGAUGACAAAAACCCCAAAGUGUAUGCAGUCUUCACCACCUCCAGCUCAAUUUUCCGUGGCUCAGCAGUGUGUGUGUACAGCAUGGCGGACAUAAGGGCCGUGUUUAACGGACCUUACGCCCACAAGGAGGGGCCCGACCACCAAUGGGUAGAAUACGAGGGGAGGAUACCAUAUCCCCGUCCUGGAACGUGUCCCAGCAAGACAUAUGAUCCAAGGAUCAAGACCACCAAAGACUUCCCAGAUGAGGUGGUCAGUUUUAUUCGAUUCCACCCUCUUAUGUAUCGCUCUGUCUACCCUCUGACUGGUCGACCCGUGUUCACGCGCGUCCGAGUGGACUACACCCUGACUCAGAUCGUGGUGGACAGAGUUUUGGCGGAGGAUGGACAAUAUGAGGUCAUGUUUCUGGGAACAGAUGCCGGCUCAAUUCUAAAGGUGGUGAGCAUCACUCAGGAGAACUGGUCAACAGAGGAAGUGGUGCUUGAAGAACUUCAAGUUUUCCAGGUUCCCACUCCCAUCCUCAGUAUGGAGAUGUCUUCUAAACAGCAACAGCUCUACGUGGGUUCAAAUGAAGGGCUAGCCCAGGUUUCACUCAGUAGAUGUCACCUGUAUGGCCAAGCCUGUGCUGAAUGCUGCCUGGCACGAGACCCUUACUGUGCAUGGGACGGACACACAUGCUCACGAUACGUCCCUGCAUCGAAGAGGCGAGCCAGAAGACAGGACAUCAAGCAUGGAGACCCUGCCAGUCAGUGCUGGGACACAGAAGACAGUCUUGCUGGGGGACGGGUGGAGGAGAGGGUCCUCUAUGGGGUGCAGAGCAACUCCACCUUCCUCGAGUGUAUUCCCAAAUCUCAACAGGCUUUGAUCCGGUGGUACAUACAGAGACAUGGAUCUGAACGCAGGGAGGAGGUCAGGCUGGAUGAUCGUGUCAUACACACAGAUCGAGGUCUCCUGAUUCGCUCCCUCCAAACCUCUGAUGCUGGCGUGUAUGUCUGUGUAGCUCAAGAGCACACACACUUCACCCACACUCUUCUCCAUCUCACGCUACAACUUGUUACACAUAGACAACUGGAUGGGAAGCCCAAGCCCAGUGAAGACCCCAUGGUGGAGCUACGCCACAGCGUGGAGUCCCGUCAGCGUUAUAAAGACUACCUGAGAGUGAUGAGCUCUCCCUUUGGCUCUCUGGAGGAGUACUGCGAUUCACUGUGGCUGGAGAAGAGGCCAACAAGGGUGCGAGGAAGAGGCUUAGGAGCUGGCAAAUGGAAACAUAUACAGGAAAUGAAGAAGAGCAGGAACAGGAGACAACACAGAUAGAGGGAGGAAGAGUGGGAAAAACAGGAGCGAGGGAGGGUGGUGAGGACAGCAAAGCAGUGAGGGGUGUGGUAAAAAAACAUUCAGGGCUAGCUGUCUAUAUUCACCGGUUGGACGAUGAAGCAGAACAUGACAAAUAACUGCAAAAUUGCAAUCACAGAUCAAUUCAUGAGCAAGCAAAAUCUAACUCAGAGUUACAGUAAUGGGGCGUGAAAGACUAACCCUGAAAUAUAUAGAGGUCAAAAUAAAAGUAUUGAAAAGAUUUCGACAAGCAAUUUUAUGUAGUAUUGGGUUGUGAAUAUCUAAUUGCAUUCAUCUCUCCUGGAUUGGAACAUGACACAUCUUCAGGUCUUUCCUGCAGCUUUCACCAGCUAAAUACUGUGGUUUCCCCAGCAGUACAGACUGACAGUUAUUAGAGGUGAUCAUUUGAUGAUAUUGAAACAUAUAGUUGAAUUAGUGAGAUUGAGAAAAUACCAAAAAAACUAAGAGUUUGCUUGUGGUGAUGACAAUGCAUUCAUGUUGAAUGACUGUAAAUAUUUAUAUACCAUGUACAGGAGAUACAGCAAGCUCAGUCUUUAGUCUUAUUACUGAUCUUUAUACCUCAAAUGAUAAUCAUGUAUCGUGUUUGGGCAGACAAAAUGACAUAUUUUUGUACAAACGUUUUACUCCUAUUUACUGUAGGUUCAAUAGAUGUUUUCUUUAUUGCUGUUUUUGAAAGUUAUUUAAAUAAAUCUGUCUUGGAGCCUCUGUUCAAUGAAUUACUUACAUUGUGUGAAGAGAUGAAUCAGUAUACAGACAAUCUAUUAUUAUUAAAGUGCAGUUACAGGCACUCUCAAGCAAACAGCAGACAAGGUUGAGAAUGGGUUUGGGUUAGUUCAGAUGAGCCUCUCCUGAUAUAGCAACACAAGUCCCUGUGCACUGUAUGCAGAUGUCAAAAUGAUUCAGGACCAGCUGGUCUCUUGUUUGUGUGUGUGUGUGUGUGUGUGUGUGUGUGUGUGUGUGUGUGUGUGUGUGUGUGUGGGUGGGUGUGUGUGUGUCUAAAAGAUAUAGGGAAAAUGGGAAUCUUCAGGAAACCAUGCAAAAUAGGAAAGUUUGUGAUCAAACUAAGCAAUUUACAGAAUUCCUAGAAUAACCUGGUAAAGCUCUAAAUGCAUCAUCAUCAGUUUCAUGAGCAAACAUUCUGCACAACAACACACUCAUUCUAAUGUUUCUAACUCUCCAGAGUAGAACUUCAAAGUUACUAGUACAAAAGUAGAAAGCGUUGUGUACGUGUGUGUUCAUUAUAUUACAAGUUGUGUAAAACCAGUGCAGUCUUUCCUAUGCUUUAAUAUGCGUUUUUUUGGCUGCAGCUGCUGUGGAGUUUAUAUUGUUUAUACAUCUCUGUGUUGUCUGGCUAUAGGUGAUGUUUUAUUCUACUGUUGAUUCUGUAAGAAGUGGCAGGUUAUUUACUUUAUGUGGCUGCUUGUUGCACCCGCCACGGUGUCCUUACACUUUUUAUUUAUUGUCGGCCAUUUUGUCUAUUGUCUAGGUUUUGUCUCUUUCCUGGUUAAUUAUUCUAAGGCUGCACUGAGUAAGGUGUUGUAUAAUUGAUAAUCAAUUGUGUUGGUGUGGACAUAAGGUGUCCGUGGUUUGACAUUGAUGCAUUGACUUUGUUUUGUAGCCUAAAUGUUUUCUUUAAUUAAAUGGGUAUAAUCUAUAUUAGCCUACAUACGUAUAUUCUUAUAAGAAUAUUUACCUUUUAAAUUGUAACACAGUAACUUUUACUCAGAAUACGUUUUAACUAACCUACUUUUUACUUUUAUCUGAGUACAUUUUUACACAAGUAUUUUUACUUUUACUUGUGUAAAAUGCAUUUAAAGGAACACUACUUUUUGUUGAAUAAAGUAUUCUAGUACUCUUUUGCAAGGCAUUGAAAAACUUCAUUCUAAUGCUUAAUAUCUUAAUAGCCAUUUCAUUAUUUUACAGAUCUCAUAUUUAGGCCUCCCCUAAUACAUGACUGUUACUAUCUCUUAGUGAGACAUAUGUUUUUGCCUUAACUUUUACAGAAACCACCAUUCACCUCAAUUCAUUGUGCUUACUGUACUUGGCCUUUAUAUAAGUAUGCACAUACUAACACCAUUCAAGUCUCCCAUUCUGUGUGUCUCCACAGUGAUUUCUCCAUGUUUCUUGUAACAAAGACAAUAAAUAUUUCAAGAACUUCA